CACGUUUAUUUUCUAUUUGCCAAUAGCGUUACAUGUGGAAUUUUCCGCUAAAGUCAUCAUACAUGUUCAUUGCACCGUGUCUCUUGUUUAUGUGUUGGACGGACGACAACUGACUUUUGCCUACAUAUUAUUACGACACUUUUGCAUUUGUUCCCUCUUUCGUUUAUAUGUGUAUGUAUUAUUUGUGUGUGUGUGUGUGUAUGCGUAACUUUACUCUUGUGUUACGAAUAAUCAGCCGUAAAUGGAAUUGGCUCGUCACAUGAGAAACAUUAUACGUUGAAAAAUACUCUCACUUAACAUAGUGAGAAUUUGAUGGUUAUACCGGUGACAAUGAAUUUAUUGAACACGAAUAAAAUUAACGCAGGUUCCAGAUAUGGAGUUGAUAAAUGCCAGGAGAUUGUAUCAAAUCUGAACGAAGACAUUGAUAUUGAAAAACUAUUGUAUUUGUGUUAUCAAACUGUUUACCUUGGUACUUAACCUAGGAGAAAAAGAAGAUGUCACAAUUAAAUAUAAGUACAGGAAAAAAAGGAAGGGGUGUUGCCAGUACCUCAGCUUCAUCCGUAUCAGCUUUAACCAGUUCAACUGAUUUAGCUAGCCUAUUCGAAUGUCCUGUUUGUUUCGAUUAUGUACUACCACCUAUCUUGCAGUGUCAAAGUGGACAUCUCGUUUGUAGUAAUUGUCGACCAAAACUUACCUGUUGCCCUACUUGUAGAGGCCCAUUAGGUAAUAUUCGCAAUCUGGCUAUGGAAAAGGUAGCAAGUAAUGUAAUGUUUCCUUGCAAAUACUCUAUUAGCGGAUGCACGGUAUCUUUGAUGCAUACCGAAAAACCAGAUCACGAGGAUGUGUGCGAAUUCCGUCCAUAUAGUUGUCCUUGCCCUGGUGCAUCUUGUAAAUGGCAAGGAUCUCUCGAACAAGUUAUGCCGCAUCUUGUUACGAGUCAUAAAAGCAUUACUACACUUCAAGGAGAAGACAUAGUUUUUCUGGCAACUGAUAUAAAUCUUCCGGGAGCUGUGGAUUGGGUAAUGAUGCAAUCAUGUUACGGUCAUCAUUUCAUGUUGGUACUGGAAAAGCAGGAAAAAUAUGACGGUCAUCAACAAUUUUUUGCAAUUGUUCAAUUGAUUGGUUCGAGAAAGCAAGCAGAAAACUUUGCUUACAGGCUAGAAUUAAAUGGACAUAAAAGACGCCUUACGUGGGAAGCAAUGCCGCGUUCUAUACAUGAAGGGGUCUCGUCUGCUAUUUUAAAUUCCGACUGCCUUGUAUUUGAUACGUCUGUUGCUAAUUUUUUUGCGGAUAAUGGAAACCUAGGAAUUAAUGUUACAAUUUCUAUGGCAUGAGGAAAGCCGGAAAAAACAGUUUAGAAUCAUUCAGACAUAUCGUGGUCUUCGAAUUGAACUCCUAAACUGACGCGAAAGAUUGCCUGUUAUGCAUACAUAAUUUCUUUCAUGUUACCACAGAUGAAUAUUAGCAAUAUGGAUGUUAGAAAAUAUUGGAAAUGGAUUGACAAAGUGCAACAUUUACACACUUGGUUACAGAACAUCCGUGUAGGAGCUUUAAAGUAUACUUGUAUGUGAUAUUAAUAAUACAUGUGAAUAGAAGAUAAACAGCUAUUUGGUUAAAGCAGCUAAAAAAGCCAAUUUAUAGAAAGUACCUGACAGUCAUAACACGAUGCUUUCUUUUAGUCAUCUCUUAUCAAUUUUUUAUUUAUAAUAUUCCUUAGCGAAUUUUAUAUUAAUUUAAAUGUUAAGAGAGUACAUCACAAAUAUCAUCAACACAUCACAUUUAAUACGAUUUACCUAACAGACUCGUCUAUAUCUUAAUAUCUAAUCUAUUUAAACAUUUUCAUUUCUCUCUCUCUCUUUUUCUUUCUUUCUCUAUUUUUGUUUAGAUGUAUCAUGCACUACUAAUGAAAAGUGACGGUCAAUUCUACCGACAUAAUUAAUAUCUUUGAAUUUUGACAGGUAUAUUUGACUUUGAAUUAAUUUUAUUUUACAAAUUUUCAAAUCUUUCUUCAUAUAAACAUUAUCUUGUAUUAUUUUACGCAAUUGUAUACAGAUAUUUAGAUUUUAAUGUAUAAAACACAUAUACAAAAGUACAGCCACACAGGUAUUAUUUUAUACGCUGUAAGUUAAUUAUUAAAUUGUAAAUUACACAAUAUUUUCAAACAUGUGCGUAUUGCCCAUGAUAUCAAGCAAGAUAAAUUCACUAAGAAUGGUGAUAUCUUAUAAACCUAUUAACUAUAUUGUUUGCAGUUUGGAAGAGUGAAAUGUCAUCAUUUUAUAUGCAGACAUUUUCCGUGAAAUAGCUUGAGAAUAAAUUCUGUGGUCAUGAAGUGAACCUAGUACUGCAUACAAAACACGUGCUUGUUACACGUAUAUGUAUAUAUAUACAUACUUAUAUAAAAUAUACAUGCAUAUAUGUGUAUGUAUGUCUUAUAUAUUACUUAUCAUGAGUCACGUAGCGACACGAUUGCAAAUUCUUGUUUUUCUAUCCGUCAUACAAUCCGAACCCUUAAGGUGAUGGCAAGAAGCUAAACAUUAUAAUACCGUGUAUCAAUUAAACUAUUCUGUAAAAGAUAGUUUAUUUCUUGAUACAUAAUAAAACUAAAUAAACUAAAGAAAAAAUUGUAAAAUCAUAGUCAAAGUAAGAAUAAGUUUGGAAAGAUCAAGGAUACAUUUUUCAUCGUAUUAGUUUUUAUAAUUAAUUAGAAUAUUAUAACUAAUAUUUAUUCUUUCUCAUUUUCUUUCUUAUUAUUAUAUUAUAUCAUAUUGUAGCGUGGUAUUUUUGUUUUCUUUUUAAUUAUAUCAAAUUUAUAAGAAUCGCAUAAACCUUUCGAUUCAUACUUUAGUACGAUUAAAUUAAUGAUUUACUUGAAUCGGACAUCACGUUCAUAAGUAAUUAGUUUUAAUUAGUUUGAAAGAAUGUAAAUUAAGAUAGGUUUAGAUUUAAAGCGAUAGAGAUCUUUUCGUUUAUAGAGAUAAUCCAGACUGAAAUAUGACUACAAUUGUGAAUAUUAGGCUAAGUAAAAUAUAUUCAACAAUUCUAUAUUAA